UAUGAUUGAGCAUUAACGUCACAAUAUUUGUUGUGAAAUAUUCAUAAUCAUAUCUUAAGAAAUAUUUUAAGAUUUUCUCAGUACUUUCCGAGACAAUUCCAUGUAAAUUGUCUGUUUUGAAAUGAUGUUUUGUUAUUUUAGCUAGUUUUCUUUUCGUAAGAAAUAAGAUGCCUUAAAGGUAGUAUAAAAAAGUGCCAGAAAAUGUCAUCAAAACAAUCAGUGAGCAGAUAUGAGUCUCGCAGUAGAUCACUUGAAAAGCAUCAGAGUUCCAGAGCUAGGAGUAGAGACCAAGACAGGGGUAGAUCAAGAUCAAAGAGUAAGCACAAGUCCUCCAGCAGAGAGAAGACAUCAAAACACAAAAAGAGCAAGAAGAAGAAGAAGAAAUCCAGCAGCAGCUCAUCUAGCAGUUCCUCCAGUGACAGUGAUGAGGAGGAGUUAAAGCUACUGCAACGGCUGGAGGCAGAGAGGUUGAGAUUGAGAGAAGAGAAGAAGAAGCAGAAAGAGUUGCUGAAGGCCAAUGAAACUCCUGAGGAGAAGAGAGCGCGGCGUCUGAGAGAAAAGCAAGAAAAGGAGCGCAAGCGUCGCGAGCGCAUGGGUUGGGACAAUGAGUACCAGUGCUACACCAACCAAGACAACCCCUUUGGUGACUCGGCUCUUACACACACCUUCGUGUGGUCCAAGAAGCUGGCCAAGGAGGGCGUCAAGACCGUGUCGCGCGACGAGCUGGAGGCCCUGAACAGACAGAAGCAGAUGGAGAACAAGAUUGAGCUGGAGAAGGUGAAGCAGCGUCGGCUGGAGCGCGAGGCGGAGCGCGCGGCGCGCGAGGCGGAGGCGGCGGCCGCGGCGCGCGCGCGCGAGGCGGCGCAGUUCCACAGCUGGGCGCGCCACGAGGAUGCCUUCCAUCUGCAUCAGGCGCGCCUCAGGAGCCAGAUUCGCAUCCGCGAUGGACGAGCCAAACCGAUAGACCUGCUAGCGUGGUACGUGAGUUCAGAGCAGUGUGUGGACGCGUUGGAGAUGCAUGAGCCCUACACAUACCUCAAUGGAUUGCACGCACAGGACUUGGAGGAUCUACUUGAGGAUAUUAAGGUAUACAAGGAGCUGGAGCAGAACGCGAACCAGUCGUACUGGGAAGACGUUCAGACCAUCGUGGUGGACGAGCUCAGCAAGCUGCGCAGACUGCACGCGCCCGGCGCGCGGCGCGACGGCGUGCACGAGGCCGUCGCCGAGGACGUCACGCAGAUCUUCAAGGGCAAGACGGGCGCGCAGCUGGAGGCGCUGCAGGCGCAGAUCGAGCACAAGAUCAGCGGCAAGAAGGACGGCGUGGACGUGCCCUACUGGGAGAGCCUGCUGAGCCAGCUCAAAGCUCACAUGGCGCGCGCGCGUCUGCGGGAUCGUCACCAAGAAAACCUUCGAAGGAAGCUGCAGCUGCUCAAGCGAGAGCAGGGCGUGCAGCUCGCCGAGCCCGGCUCCGACGCGCAGGGGUCGCAAAGCCCCGAGCUCAAGGCAGAAGCGGGUCCAUCGGAGGCGGACAAGCAGCCGAGCGCCCCCGAGCCCGAAGACGCCGAGCGCAACGAAGACGCGGAGGAGGAGGAAGCGUGGAGCGUGUCGCAGUACACGGCCGGGAACUACUCCCCGCAGUACCUCGGGCCCGGCGCGCUGGAGCCCGGCACUCUGCUGACGGAGGCGGAGGAGGACGUGCAGAGGCUCGCGUACCUGCGCUCGCGGCUGCACGCCGCCGCCGCCGCCUCCAUACACGCCGCUGCGCUGCUCGCGAGUCAGGCUUCAGCGCCGGCGGCAGCGGGCGCGGCGGCGGGCGACGCGUCCACGGCCGCGCUGACGGCCGCCGCGCGCCGCGCCAUGGACGGCUCGGCCGCGGACGGCAACGCGGCGCAGUUCAGCGUGGAGCAGCCGCUGCCCGACCAGCCGUGUCUGUGGGCCGACAAGUACCGCCCGAGGAAACCGAGAUACUUCAACAGAGUGCACACGGGCUUCGAGUGGAACAAGUACAACCAGACCCACUACGAUAUGGACAAUCCGCCGCCCAAGAUCGUGCAGGGCUACAAGUUCAACAUCUUCUACCCCGACCUCAUCGACAAGAACGCCACACCCGAGUUUUCACUGAAACCGUGUCCAGAAAACCCGGAGUUUGCAGUGCUGCGGUUCCACGCGGGCCCGCCCUACGAGGACAUCGCGUUCAAGAUCGUCAACCGCGAGUGGGAGUACUCGUACAAGCGCGGCUUCCGCUGCCACUUCCACAACAACAUCUUCCAGCUGUGGUUCCACUUCAAACGCUACCGAUACAGACGUUGAAUACAUUGCACUUGUUCAUAUUGCA